AUGAAGGGUGCUACUUCUUUCGUCUUUGCGACGCUUCUGGCUGUCUCCCAGGCCACUUCCGGGUACUGGGGCUCCGAGAAAUGCUACUCCAGCCCGGGCCGUUCCCCCAACAAGUGUAACGAGCACCAGCAGAAGGGCUUCGACUGGUCGGGCCUGGCUGAUGGAUCGUUCUCGCAAUAUGGUGGCUUUGACUUCUCUGGCUUUCAAUGCAGCAAUAGCUUUGGCGGAGCUGGUCUCGCCAAGCGUGGUGAAAAAUGCAUUACUGGUACUGCCUCCAAGGGCACUGGAUCUAGCAGCAGCUCCAGCAGUGGCUCUCUAGGUGGCUAUUCCGGUGGCAGCUCGAGCAGUUCGAGUGGUAGCAGCUCGUCUGCCCCUUCGUUCUCUUGCGGCUCUGGCUCUAGCUCUGGUUCUGGUUCUGGCUCUGGCUCUGGUUCCAGCUCCGGUUCCAGCUCCGAUGAGAAUGCCUUCUCCGUCACUCAUUUCCACAUCUCCACCUCCGAAGAGACCGAUUUGCACAUCAUCUACGGCAUGCCUGACGGCUCUUCCUGCCGCAACACCGCUUCCUGCUCGUCUGCUGGAACCACCAUCGAAAACGACCAGUGUGGUGGUGCAACUUCAGUCUCGUUCGAACUGCCUGAUGACAGCAAGCACGAUAGCUGUGAUUUCGGUAUCUACUCAAUUGGCUUUGACUGUACCCCCGGUAACACCGCAACAACCUUGCCUACUGGCCCUACCACUACUCCCGCGGCAUCUGUUCCUGGCAUCUCGUCUCCUACAGGCUCCGUCCCCGCUGGAAGCACUGUGGUGUCAAUCCCUGGAAAGCCCGGCAUCUCAGUUCCUGCUAGCUCUCCUGUGUCAGUUCCCACAGGCUCUGGCCCCUCGGUAUCUGUUCCCUCUUCGGCAGCUGGUGUCUCUACUCCUGUUGUUGGUACCACUACUCCCGCUGCUGGUACCCCGGGCAAGUUCACCACAUCGACCGUCUACACGACUAGCGAAAUCACCAUUACUAGCUGUGCGGCUACGGUGACUGACUGCCCUGCCGACUCUACUACUGUCGUGACUUCAACCAUCCCAGCUUACACCACUGUCUGCCCCGUCACUGAGACCACUGGUGCUGGAACUCCUCCUACAGAGUCCUCUCCCGCUGGUACUCCUCCGGCUGCUACUUCGCCUGCCGAGUCAACCCCAGCUGUUCCCAGCGGAAGCUCUCCAGUCACCUCACCCGCACCCCCUGCCGGUACUUCGACUCCCUCUGUCCCAAGUGGAAGCUCGCCAGUCACCUCGCCUGCACCCCCUGCCGGUACUUCGACUCCCUCCGGGCCUGCUGAUGGCUCCUCGGUUCCUCCUGAUUCAACUGUCACCGUUGUCACAUAUACCACCGUUACCACCUGCCCCGUGACAAGCACUAUCUCUACUGCCGGUUCAUCUAUUAUCAGCACUGGCACCACCGUCUCUACCGUCACUCUGACUUCCACUUCCACUAUCUGUACCAAGUGCACCGGUACAACAACUGCACCCGGUGUUCCCCAGAGCACUCCUACUGCCCCCGGUGCUACCGAGACCGAUACUGAGACCGCCCCAGCUGUCACUGGUGUCACUUCUUCAACACCUGGCCCCUCUAGUGUUGAUGCUGGCUCGACCCCUGGCGUGCCUGAGGACUCCACAACUACAGUCGUCACGUAUACCACUGUUACCACCUGCCCAGUUACCAGCACUAUCACUACUGGAGGAUCCUCUGUCGUUACCACUGGCACUACUGUCUCUACAGUGACUCUGACUUCCACCUCUACUAUUUGUACCAAGUGCACUGGCUCCACGACCGCCCCUGGUGUCCCCCAGAGCACUCCUAUUGUUCCCGGUGCCACUGAGACCGACACCGAGACCGACACUGAGACCACCCCAGCUGUCACUGUUGUUACCUCAGAGACACCCGGUCCGUCUAGCGUUGAUGCUGGAUCGACUUCCACUCCUACUGUGCCCGAGGAUUCUACAACAACGGUUGUCACCUACACUACAGUGACUACCUGCCCCGUUACUAGCACCAUUACCACCGCUGGUUCGACUAGCGUCUCUACCGGUACCACUAUCUCUACAGUGACAUUGACCUCCACCUCUACUAUCUGCACCAAGUGUACUGGUGGUGCGACUACUGCUCCUGGUAUCCCAGCAACAACCCCCGCCGUUACUGAGACCACCCCUGCUGUCACUGUUGUUACAUCCGAGACACCUGGUCCUUCUAGCGUCGAUGCCGGCUCUACACCCGCAGCUCCAGAGGACUCCACGACUACCGUGGUGACCUAUACUACUGUCACAACCUGCCCCGUCACCAGCACGAUUACCACUGGUGGCUCUGCCGUUGUUUCUACCGGUACCACCGUGUCCACUGUGACUUUGACCUCUACCUCCACCGUCUGCACCAAGUGUUCUGCCAGUGCAACUGCUGGAGAGACUGGCUCUGCUCCUUCUGGCACCUCUCCCGUCUCUGGCUCGACUCCGGCUCCUUCUUCUCCUUGCCCCAACACUGUACCCCAGUGUCUCAACACCUGGCUCACGUUGGCUCCCAAGUGUACUUCCAACAGUGAUGCCUCUUGCUUCUGCCCCAACAAGGAAUUCACCAAGAAGGUCAUUUCUUGUAUCCAAGCUUGGGGAGGAUCCAAGGCGGAGAUUUCCUCUGCUCUGUCCUACUUCACCGGUAUUUGCGCUCAGUGGGUUGACAAGAACCCUGGUAUUGUGACUGCUAUUCCCUCAACAAUCACCUUGGCUCCUCAUGUUUCGGUCCCUGCUACUACCGCUACCAGCGGCGCUGACGCUAUUGGGGGCACUGCAGCCUCGAGCGCGGUUACCUCCGCCCCUUCGCUCCCUUGCACAACCAUCACCUACGGCACUCACACUGUUACCGUUCCGCAAGUGACCUUUGUCACCAACACUAAUACCGUUGCUGGAGCCACUCAGACCGUCGGUCUCGUCCCGGCCGGUCCCAGCGGCGCUUCUCCAGUCAACACUGGAAAGGUCCCCGCGCCUGCCGCUGCUUCCUCCACCUUGAGCACCAGUGCCUUCAGACAGUCCACUGCCAGCGCAGUCCCCUCUGCCAGUGCCACUCCACUCUUCAACUCGGCUUCAAGCAUCUCGAUCGCUUCCAGUCUCCUGGUGGGAUCCAUUGCUGCUUUCCUGGGCCUCCUCCUUUAG